UUGUAAGGGCUGUGGGAAUUAAACUUCCAAAUGCCGAACAUAGGUAUUGUGCGAGACAUAUAUAUGCUAAUUGGAACAAAAGCUUCAAGGGUGAAGAGAUGAAGCUUUUAUUUUGGAGGUGUACAAAAGCUUAUAAUGAAGCUGAUUUUAGUGAUGGAAUCACAGAAAUGAACAAAGUAAACCAUGUUGCUGCUGAAGCAUUUAACUUGGCUAAUCCUCGUUUAUUUUGUCGAGCUUUUGUGAAGGUUGAUACAAAGUGCGAUGUGAUAUUGAGUAACAUGGCCGAAACUUUUAACAAUUACAUCAUGCAUGCUAGAUCAAAACACUUGAUUGAUAUGCUUGAUGAUAUUUGAACAAUGAUAAUGAAGAGGCUAACUACAAAGAGGGAGGAGUGUGCAAGCAAGUGGAGUGGAUUAUUAUGUCCAAAAGUACAAGUUAUAUUGGAUAAAGAGAAAGAAGAGGCAUCUAAUUGCACUGUUCUACCGUCUACUGCUACAGUAUUCCAAGUUGCUCAUCACAUUGACGUAUUAGAGGUGGACAUAGAAAGAAGAACAUGUACGUACAAGAAAUGGGAUCUUAACGGGAUUCCUUGUUGUCAUGCUGUUGCCUCAAUUAGUUACCUACAUAAAGACGUCGAGUCAUUUGUGGAUGAAUGUUACACCAAAGCUGCAUACACAAGACUUAUACAGGUAGCAUAGCUCCUUGCAUUGGAGAACAUCAUUGGCCUAAAAUUGAUAUGUCCAUCGAUCCACCCCCCAUCAAAAUUGGUCCUGGAAAACCAAGAAUGUCACGAAUCAAAAGUGCUCAUGAGGACCCAAAAAAACCAGGGAAACUCACAAGACAUGGCAUGCAGAUGAGUUGUACCAUUUGUAAAUUCACUGCACAUAAUAAACGAAAUUGUCCGGAAAAGGGUAAAGCUGCUGACCCUACACCCCCACCAAUUAAGAGAGGAAGAGGAAGACCAAGAAAAGAUGUUAGUGAAAGAAGAGUAAACCCAGAAUCACAAUCAUGUCAACUAGCCCAUUAUCAGCUAACUGCACAUCCUGGGGCAAUAGGUAGAGGGGGGAGAAGGAUCCAUACAGGGCAAGGGAGCAAGGGUGGUAAUCCCAGUGGUUCAGUUACAACUGCUGAAACGUGCAAAAGAAAAAGAGGAAGGCCAAGCAAGGGAAGCCAAAUUCAUGUAGACGUACUCUCAAGUCAAGCAUCAACAACCAAGCAAUGAAGAAUCUUUAUUAAUAUUCAGACUAAUAGUUAGUAUAACACUUAAGAGUUUUUGUAAACAAUGAAGCGUAUGUAUAAUUAAUGUAUUGUUAAUGACUUAAGUUUUGCUUUUGUAAACCUAAAUAUUUUGUCAAACAUUUAAGUAUGGUAG